GUUGUUACUGUUUAAGGAUCUAAGAUUUACAACUCUUAUUGAUGUGUAGCUUAGCUUGCCUUUUCAUCCCUCAUCAAUGGUGCUCUUCCUCUUGGGUGGCAGUUUCAUUAUGCGCGCCAUCUAGUCUCUCUCUACAAUUUCUAUUCUUUUCUUCCAUAUCUUGAAUGCUCCACGCAUUCAUUAUUCUUACUCUUCAUAACACCCUUUCGCCUCUUAACUUUUCGCUUCAGCCUUGGAUUCAUUCAUUCUCUUCCCUCUCUUCUUUAUUUUUUAAUAUAAACUUUACUUUCAUAGUUUUCAUUUUUCUUCAAGGGAAGCAAAGGCCGCAAAACAAAACAACAACCACCACCACAAACACCGGGGGUGUACGGAAAAUCAAAUCAAACCAAUUCAAUUCAAUUCCCCCCACCCCUCCAAAAAAAAAAAAAACAAACACCGAAACCCAUAAUCGUUAAAAUUAGGGCUUCGGUUUGGUGUUUUUAGUCCUUUUGAUGGGCAACAUCUCAAGCGGCGGCAAUCCCCGUCGCCGACACAGCGGAGCUUCACGGCGGAGCCACCCGCCGCCGCCGCCGCGGCCCGUUACGCCGCAGCCUGAGAUCGCGGCGAAUCCAUUCGUGUACCAUGGUGCUGCUGCACCGUACCCGAACCCUCCUCUGCAUUACCCUCAGUACCAUUACCCCGGUUACUACCCUCCGGUGCCACCCAUGCCUUAUCAUCCUCAUCAACAUCAACAUCAUCAUCGACACAUGGACCCGGCGUGGAUUCAGGGGCAUUUCCCUAGUGGGCCCAUGAUGCCUAACCCUGCACCUUUCGUAGAGCAUCAGAAAGCCGUUACAAUAAAGAACGAUGUCAACAUCAGGAAAGAGACCCUUAAGCUUGAACCCGACGUAGAAAAUUCUGGCCACUUCCUUGUUUCGUUUUCCUUCGAUGCCACCGUUUCUGGCAGCAUCACCAUAUAUUUCUUUGCAAAAGAAGGUGAAGGCUGCAUCCUCACACCAAUGAAGGAAAACCAACUUGCACCAGUGUCUGUGCAUUUCGAGCAAGGCCUUGGCCAGAAGUUUAGACAGGCAGCUGGAACUGGUAUUGAUUUUUCAGUGUUUGAAGAGUCUGAGUUAUUGAAAGUGGGUGAAAAGGAUGUCUACCCUCUAGCAGUAAAGGCAGACGCAUCCCCUGGUAAUCAUGAUGAGUCAGAUAGAUCUCCAACAUCUAGUAACACAAACUCUCAGAUUACGCAAACGGUGUUUGAGAAGGAGAAAGGAGAGUUCCGGGUGAAAGUUGUCAAGCAGAUCUUGUGGGUGAAUGGAAUGAGGUAUGAGCUGCAGGAGAUAUAUGGUAUUAGAAAUUCAACGGAGAAUGACCAAGGAAAAUGUGUUAUUUGCUUGUCAGAGCCCCGAGAUACAAUUGUCCUUCCCUGCCGGCAUAUGUGUAUGUGUAGCGGAUGUGCAAAGGAUUCUAGGUUCCAGACAGAUAGAUGCUCAAUUUGCAGACAACCAGUUGAGAGGCUGUUGGAGAUAUAGGUAGGGUCUGAGGAGUGAGGAAGAUACACUGUUAACUCCUCAAGCUUUAUGUACAGCCCAACUGUUAUACUUCAACAUUUCUCCGUGUCUUCUUUUCAUGGUGUCACCUUACUUUUCUGUAUUUUCCAAUAAUCAGAAAAACAAAAGAAAAUGUAAUUUAUAUAGGACUUGCGUUUCAACAUGAACGACAGGCUGGCAUUGCACAUAAUUUGUACAAGACAAUGCCUCCAAUUAGCUUGUUUGUCUGUGCUUAUAAAUGGCUUCCAUUCUAUAUGAUUAAGUAUAUUUCUCUUGGGA